AUGGCUUUCGCAUCCCCUGGUCCUGCUGGUGUACUUGCGCCACAAUGGACCCUCAUCGCCAUCGCUCUCUGCAUCCUUAUAGCGCUCUUUCAUCUCCGGAUCAAUAUCCAAAAACGAAGGUUACUCACUAGUGACAUCCUCAUGUGUGUAACCUGGUGUUUUGCUGUUAUAACGUCGGCAUUCGACAUCAAAAUUGCUCUCCUUGGGGGGCUUGACCAAGACGUGCUUUACACAAUGGAAGGGUAUCGAGGCGACCCGGCAGACAUAUUAGUUAUUAUAAAGUUGAGGUGGAGCAGCACCAUCCCUUUCGUCAUAACGUGUUGGUUGUGCAAAGCAACCUUGCUCACGGUAUACCUGAAAGUAUUUCCAGCAUUCAUGGUCAAGAGGAGGAUCUUGCUCUGGAUUACCCUCGGUUACAUCAUUCUGUGUCCCAUUGUCACCUUGGUUGAGAUGCUGCGCCUCUGCAUCCCAAUAGAGAAGAAUUGGUUAGGCGAUAAGUGCGUUGUCGAGGGGGGUAUGAGAUUAUUUCAGAUUAGCUGGGGGUUGCAUUUCGCGGGAUCUCUCAUCGUUUUCGCACUCCCCUGGCUCAUUCUGUCCGACCUGCAGCUGAAGGGAAGCCUAAGAAUGGGUAUCUACUACACUUUUCUUCUUGGACUGGUGGAUAUCGCCGUGUCUCUCACCCGCUUCAUCAUGAUCCAACUUGCUUCUGCCAAACGCGCACCUUCAAUGAGCCUACUACAGCUUUUUGUGGCCUUGGAUUAUACGAUUAGUCUGGUGAUUGCCUGCCUACCCUCACUUCGACCAUAUUUUCGAGUUAAUUCGCAGAGCAGCACCGAUAAAUCCUCGAAUCCCACUGGAUCGACAAUCACGAAGAAGACAGAUUUUGGUCCCACCUCGCUUGCUGAACGAGACUUGAUGGAAGAUAGCUGA